AUGGCGAGAGGUCGCGGCUUUGGUCUCUCCUCUGCGCGAGGCGGAAAUCAUGGCGCUUUCCGCGCUUCAAGCUAUCGAGGAGGUUCUUGGAGAGGUAGGGGACGAGGAAAAGGCAAAGGAAAGCCAGACGAUGUUCCGAAACGCGAAGAUGACGGCACACAACUGGCGGAGAGAUUCGAGGCGGUCAAAGUUAGUGAUAAGAUUCAUGAAAAACUCGAAUUCGGAUUGGUACAAGAAGGCGUAGUCAAAAAAGGCUGGUUGGUGAACAUGCAUCCGACUCUUGUCAAAGACGCGGAUUGGCCAUCUGGGAAGGCAGAUGUGGACUAUUACUUUAUUCAAGACGAUGGACAAAUGUUCAAGUGCACGCAUCAAUAUGAGCCUUAUUUUUAUAUCGCUUGCAAGACCGGUAUGGAAAAUUCAGUCGAAGAAUGGCUGAACAAAAAGUAUGAAGGCCUCAUCUGUCGCAUUGUUCGCGAUCGUAAAGAAGAUCUUAAACUUCCCAACGAUCUCAUGGGCCACCGUCGCCUCUAUCUACAGCUCUGCUUUCGGAGCGUUUCAGAGUUGCUUAAUGUCCGUCGUGAACUCCUCCCCUUGGCUCUUGCCACUGGUGCCAAACGCGACACUGUAGACGCGUAUGCAGAGGUCGUCAACGCGACUUCCACGGGUCUUGCUAACAUGGAUAUCGCGUUCGAAGAAGAAGGAUGGGGUAACGCUGUGGCCAUCGACAAUGACAUUCGUGUCGGGCUCUGGGAUGCAGUAAGCUUUACCGCUGGUCAGCCCGAUUUCCGUCACAUUGCUGAGCGUGUAAAACGUGCGCACCCAGUGGUCAUGGCCUAUGAUAUCGAAACCACCAAGGCUCCGCUGAAAUUUCCUGACCAAGCGACAGAUCAAGUCAUGACGAUUUCAUAUAUAUGGUGGAUGGUCAGGGAUAUCUCAUCGCCAACCGGGAGAUCGUUAGCGAGGACAUCGAAGAUUUUUGAGUAUACCCGAAUGGAAGGUUAUGAGGGUCCUUUCAUAAUAUGUAAUGAACCAAAUGAAGUGCGCACACAUUUUUACUUCCUCGACCAUCUUUGUUCAUGGCGUGUUUGGGCUGAGACCAUCAGACGCUUCUUUUCCCAUAUUCAAGACGUCAAACCCACCGUGAUAGCCACUUUCAACAGCGAUUUCUUUGAUUUUCCGUUCCUAAACGCACGCGCAAAAGUCAACGGAAUAGGCCUAUACCUUGAAACCGGUUUCGCAAAGGACUCUGACAUUGAAUACAAAUCGAGAACUUGUGGCUUGAAGGCUAUAACUGCCUCAAAGUUGGGCUACAACCCUAUAGAAUUAGAUCCUGAACUCAUGACUCCUUACGCGCUAGAACAACCUCAGACACUAGCGCAGUAUUCUGUGUCAGAUGCAGUCGCAAUUUACUACCUGUAUAUGAAAUACGUGCACCUCUUCAUCUUCUUUCUUUGUAACAUCAUUCAGCUGAACCCCGACGAACUUUUGAGGAAAGGAAGUAGCACUCUUUGCGAAACUUUGUUGAUGGUUGAAGCGUAUCGAGGUCAGAUCAUAAUGCCGAACAGACACGAGGAGGAUCAUGGAAACUUCUACGAUGUACACCGCUUGGCAUCGGAGACGUAUGCCGGCGCUCACGUAGAAGCUCUUGAAGCAGGAGUCUUCCGUAGUGAUAUCCCCACAAACUUUGAAUUCACGCCUUCUGCUGUUCAAGAGCUAACCAACGACCUUGAUGCCGCCCUGACGUUUUGCAUCGUGGAGGAGUCUAAAUGUUCAAUAGAAAAAGUCACCAACUAUGAAGAAGUCAAAACUGCCAUCCAAUCUGUCCUCGAAGCCAUGCGCGAUAAUCCAAACCGUACCGACAAUCCCUUGAUCUACCACUUGCAUGUCGCUGCUAUGUAUCCCAACAUGAUGUUGUCUAAUCGUCUCCAGCCCGAUUCAAUCAUUGACGAAUCUAUUUGCGCUGUCUGCGACUACAAUCGACCGGGAAAAACGUGCGACCGCAGAUUGGAGUGGGCAUGGCGAGGAGAAUUCUUUCCAUCCCACCGUGACGAGUAUAAUAUGAUCCGACAUGCGCUUAACCAAGAGAUUUUCCCUUUCAAACGUCCGAAUGAUCCUCAACGCCGAUACGCCGAUCUUUCGCCUGCUGAGCAGACUGCGUUUUUGCAUAAACGAUCGGGCGAUUAUUCACGAAAGGUUUACAAAAAAAACCAAGGACACGAAGGUGGAAAACCGGGAGUCUAUCGUCUGCCAACGGGAAAACCCGUUUUAUGUCGACACUGGCGCUCCCUUGCAGAGGUCGACGAAGGAAAACAGAUAAUCGUGUUGUAUGACUCCCUUCAACUCGCACACAAGCGUAUUCUGAAUUCUUUCUACGGAUACGUAAUGCGGAAGGGUGCUCGCUGGCACUCGAUGGAGAUGGCUGGAAUUAUUUGUUUAACUGGUGCUACCAUUAUUCAGAUGGCUCGAGCGCUGGUGGAGCAGAUUGGGCGACCACUAGAACUAGAUACCGAUGAUAUUUGGUGUAUGCUCCCAGGAGUCUUCCCCGAAAACUUCAAGUUCAAGUUAGACAAUGGUCAAUCAAUUGGAUUCUCUUAUCCUUGUACAAUGCUCGAUCACCUCGUCCACGCCAAAUUCACCAACCAUCAAUAUCACGAUCUUCAUCUCGAGACUGGGGAAUACAAAAUUCACAGCGAAAAGUCUGUUUUCUUUGAGCUGGAUGGACCUUACAAGGCAAUCAUCUUACCCUCUUCGAAGGAAGAAUAUAAGUUCCUGAAGAAGCGUUACGCCGUGUUCAACGAUGAUGGUUCUUUGGCUGAACUCAAAGGGUUUGAAGUGAAGCGUCGUGGUGAACUACAGCUCAUAAAACAUUUCCAGUCUCAGAUCUCUGAGAAAUUCCUUCUUGGGUCGAUGGCGGAUGAAUGUUACGAGGCUGUUGCGCAGGUUGCAGACCAGUGGCUGGAUGUCCUGUUCAGCAAGGCGGCAGCACUUACAGACGAGGAGUUGGUGGAGCUUAUUGCUGAGAAUCGUAGCAUGUCGAAAACUCUGGCGGAGUAUGGCGGUCAAAAAUCUACUUCUAUCAGUACUGCCAGACGUUUGGCGGAAUUCUUAGGUGACCAGAUGGUCAAGGACAAAGGGUUGGCUUGCAAGUUCAUCAUAUCCGCCAAACCGAUUCGUGCCCCUGUCGCAGAUCGUGCCAUUCCAGUUGCUAUUUUCUCUGCAGAGGAAAGCAUCAAGCGGAAAUUGAUCACUAUCCCCGCUGCGAUGCAGAAGGUUUCCAACCCCGUGCCUCGAAUUCAUCACGCAGACUCGCUACAUCGUCGAGUCGCAGGAACCAUUGAUAAAAUGAAGCAGAACAAGCUGACAAACUUCUUCAGACUAGCCGUCGAUAUAGAAGCCCAGGAAGAAGAGUCGCAGCUGAUGGACAUUGAGGACUGGGGUGGUGAAGGUCCAUCUGCUCAAAUACUUCUCGCUUCGUCCGAGCCUCACUUCGUCCGGCAAGAUAUCCCUGAGCCAAGUGUUGCCAAAGAAGACAAAGCGCUUCCUAAUCCCAUGAUUACUUAUUCUGCCUGGUUGAAAGCGAUGCGACCUCGUUGGAAACGUAGGCGUCAAGGACCAGACCCUACAUCUGUCGUAGUACGUUCUAUGUUCAGCAAUGUGAAGGACCUUUAUCGCGAGAUCAGCGAACACUUCAUAGCCCCUACUAACGAUCCGAACGUUGAUGGAGUGUUUGAACUGCAACUGAGUGCCUCAAAAAUUCCUAACUAUUGUUCCAUUGGUAGUGUGCGCUUUGCUAAAACUUGGUUGCAUUUCAUGACUCUGAAUCGCACGGAAGCUAUCGAGUUUGACUUACAUCAACUCGAACCGCAUUCUGUAACUCGAAACUCUAAACACGAACACCUGAGGAUUGUCCUUUCUGGACUGGUCAAACUUCAUAUUGUUGAUCCUGCUACUCGAAAGCAUGCCAUCCCUCGUUUACGAGAGGGCUACACGGACAUCAAGAAAAAGCGCGACGAUCAUUUCGGCAGCACUUCGUUCGUAUACCCUGACACGAGAGAUUUCACCACCACCUACCAUUCAGCUGAUAUAACGGCUCUCAAAGCCAUUUAUCGCGAGCUAGAUGUUGCCGAAGACCAGAAUUAUAUCAUUGUCUUAUCGUAUAGUAAAGACAAUUCCUAUUUUGAAAUGAAUGUCCCAAAACUUGCCAGCCUCCAGGUUCCCUGA